UACGCUGCAUUCUGGGUAAUACAGAACGAAUGACGACUCACUGGAACUGGGAAUAUAAAAGAAAACGGGUUUCAUGUGCUGCAGGGCGAGCGGCAUUCCCCAAGUGACUGUAUGCCUGCAACACGCAUUGUUUUGAUGACAUGUAACAUAAACGGCAUUAUUACUUCUCCAGUCACUCGGACGGUAGCUGAACGGACCAACCAUGGCCAACGAAAAUGUGAGCGUGAUCUUCAAAGUGUACUGUCUCACGGUGAUGACACUGGUGGCAGCGACCUACACAGUGGCACUGCGGUACACCAGGACCAUUUCAACUGAGGAGCUUUAUUUCUCCACAACUGCAGUGUGCAUCGCCGAGGUCAUUAAGUUAGUGCUGAGCUUGGGGAUGCUCACAAAGGAAACGGGAAGUCUCGUCAAACUAAAAGCCACCAUACAGGAACACAUCUUCUGCAGCCCUAAAGAACUGCUAAAACUCAGCGUGCCUUCGGUGGUGUAUGCAGUUCAGAAUAAUAUGGCUUUCAUCGCCCUGAGUAAUCUGGAUGCAGCAGUUUAUCAGGUCACCUAUCAGCUGAAGAUCCCGUGCACAGCCUUGUGUACAGUGUUCAUGCUGAACCGCUCUCUCAGCCGGCUGCAAUGGUUUUCCGUCUUUAUGCUCUGUGGAGGCGUUUCACUGGUUCAGUGGAAACCCGCGGAGGCCACUAAAGUUGAGAUUGAACAGAAUCCUAUUAUUGGGUUCAUUGCCAUUGCAGUUGCUGUCCUUUGCUCUGGUUUUGCAGGUGUGUACUUUGAGAAAGUGUUGAAGAGCUCAGAGACAUCCCUGUGGGUGAGAAACAUUCAGAUGUACCUGUCCGGCAUAGUGAUCACCUUGAUCGGUGUUUACAUGACUGAUGGAGAGAGGGUCAUGGAGAAAGGAUUCUUCUUUGGUUACACACCUUGGGUGUGCUUUGUAGUAUUCCUGGCCAGUGUAGGUGGCCUGUACACAUCAGUGGUAGUGAAGUACACAGAUAACAUCAUGAAAGGCUUUUCUGCUGCAGCUGCGAUUGUCCUCUCAAUGGUGGCAUCUGUAAUCUUGUUUGGACUACAAAUAACUAUGACGUUUGCCCUUGGAGCAUUCCUUGUCAUCAUUUCCAUAUACCUGUAUGGACUUCCAAAGCAAGACACAUCCAGAUUAACCCGGAAGGAUACAAAUUUAGAAGACAAACAGAAACUAAUUUCUGUGUGAGGUGCUGACUGACAGACAUUUCUAUGCUGGACCAGGAUGGAGGAAGCCUUUCCUCAUUUGAGGUUGGAGUUGGAUCUGCUUCGUGUCGACGUCAUCAGAUAGAACUGUGAACUGAGUCUCUGAAUACUCUGAAGAAUCUUAGUGUUUUUUUUUUUUUCUUUUGUUUUUAUAAACAGUGGGGUGGGGGGGGUGUUGUUUUUUUUUGGAAACUGCUUAUAGCUAGCUACCAGUAAGCUCGUGAAUAAUCUAAACCCUAACCAGUGAAUUCUUGGAAUUCAUUUUCAGCCACAAUAAGUAGUAUAAGAAGUUUGGUUUUUUUUUUUAAAUCGCGAGUAUUAUAUUGUCUUUUUAUUUUAUUUAAUAAUCCAGUGUUAAUAAUUGGUCUUUAAACUGUGCAAUACGAGUGACUUAGCUCCAAAUCACCUAGUCCUUACUCUGAAUGUGCCCAAAUCAGACUGCAUGCAUAAUCCCCCCCACACCUUGUUUUCUAAUUUUUUUUUUGUUUUAAUCACUUCAGUGUUGUCUCGUUAUGAAGGUAAUUUUACAGCUUUUAUUAGCAGAGAAGUGUGUUUUUUCUGAAUACAGACUAGACCCAAUCCUAUAGACUAGCAUAAUUUUAUUUUGACAAUAUAAGGCUCUGUUUUUAGAAUACAAAUCAACAAUAGUUGCAGCACUGAAAAGAACACUGAUACACACCGAUGGAGUUUUUACAUUUUGUUAACUGGUGUGAUGCCCAGGAUUCUCAUCCCGUUGGCCAGGACUGAGCAUGCUCCGCUGAACAGUCGUAACCUUGCCUGUGGACAUGAGGAGAAUGAAGCCGUUUUCAAGUUGCAAAACUGUUGUAUUAAGUUUGUAUUUAAAAAAACAACAAAAAACCUGCCAAAAUAUGUGAAGCUACUGUGUUGAUCCCUUGAUAAUAAGGUAGCAGCCAAAAGUAGCUUUUUACACUUUAACAUUUGUCAGGCUUACAAUUGCGCUGACAAACUUAAGUAUCUGCCACUGAUAUUAGUAAAGACCAUCUAUCUUGUCAUUAUGCUGAUAUCUGUAAGCAGUGCUCCUACUAUUAAACAGAAAUUAUAUUGGCUGACCAAUGUUUUCUACAAGCAAACACAAUGUUUGAUUAGUCAAGAGUCCCGUGAGGGGUAAGGCAUCUUUAACUUUGUCCAAAUUUCUGCUUUGAACCCCACUAAUAAGCACUUCUGUUAUUCAUUUUCAUGUAAUUUUCUUGGUAUAAAUCUCUUGGGUAUUCCUGCCAGAAUGUAGCUAUAAUUAAUUUUGUAGACCUUUUAAAAUCUUGAAAAAUAUCCGAAACAGUCAAAUCAGACAGUAAAUGCCCCUCAACCUGUCACCUCCUCAGUACAAAGCUUGUGGUGCAUGUGACUGUGCUAAUUUGGCGAUUUCAGACAAUGUCCCAACUGGUUUCUCUUAACAUGUUCAUGUGUGAGAAGAACAGGUUGUUGCGUAAGAAAUUAUAUAACAAUGCAUUAAAAGGCUAUACAAAAAUCCA